CCAUGCAGCAGCUCAACUCUUCAAACAGCUCACUCACCUCUCCUGUCACAGCUGAAUACUUGAUUGGGAGUAGUUUCCUUGCAGUUUGCUUCAUACUGGGAGUCCCUGCUAACAUAGCAGUAGUGAUAUAUCUUGCUGGAUGGCUGAAAAGAGGCAGUUUCACCCCGAGACUGAUGCUAAGUCUGGCCAUAUCAGAUCUACUCACUCUGCUUUUUCUGCCGGUUUGGAUUUGGGCUCUUCUGCAUGGCUGGGUGUUUGGCUUGGUUUUCUGUAAGCUUCUUUCCUAUGUGGUCUACUUAAGCCUCUACUGCAGCAUACUGUGUGUAAUGUUGAUGAGCAUGCAGAGAUACAUCCAAGUGCUUCAUCCUGAGAAAUGGAACAAACUUGGCAGAAAAGGACAGAAGAUCCUUUUGAGUGGGAUGUGGAUGUUAAGUGCAGUUUUAUCAUGCUACGCUCUCGUACAGCGCACUCUAAGCUUGGACAGAGAAGGACGACUUCAGUGCAGUCUACGCUAUCGGAACGAUGUUGAAAGAGUGUCUACAUUAAUCUGGGAGAUUAUACUAUUUGUGGUUUUAUUCUUCACAUUGACUUACUUUUACUUUCAUCUUUACCAAGGAGUUAAUAGCACAGCUUUCUUUAGCAGCAACUCAUUGACCAAGCUGGUGACCAGAAUUGUGGCUUGUUUCUUUAUUUUUUGGGUCCCGAUACAAAUCUCCAAUGUUAUGAUUGUCUCUGCUUUGUUGACUGGGAAUGAGAAUCUGUUAAAAUCUGCAGAAUCUGGAGACAAUAUCACUGCAGCUCUGACUUUAAUUAACAGUUGUGUGAACCCCUUUUUGUAUGUUUUCUCUGCUCGAGCUCUACGUCAACACCAACAUGGAACAGAUAAUACUUAGUUCCUUCAUGAUGUGAGAUUUUAUGGGUUUAAUGACAGCCAUUGACAUUUUGCAUUUUAAAAAGAAUUUUUAUAUUCUCACUUAACUUUAACAAUAAUUUUUAAGUGCAAACUCAUAUGCAACUUGCAUCUUCUUUCUCUGCCCUUUACCACACCAAAAAAAAAAAAGAUUUCCUGUACAUAUUAUGCACCAUGACUUUUGC